AUGUACGGCUGCUCAUCCGGAGAUCUUGGCUUCGAGUCCCGGUUAGUUAUUGAGUCUUUCUGUUUAGUAAGACUUAGUAACAGUCCGGAGUUGGGAAGUUGGCGGCAUGUCACCACCGUGCCAAGGCAGAGCACGUUUCGCGUCGCUCCUGCACCUAAUCUCUCCUCGAGAGUUACAGAAAUAGAGAGAGCACGUUGUUUCUGCGCGUACAUCGCCACACGCGCUGCACUACAAUGUCUCCUCCAGAUGGCUAGUCUCAAUGAGAUUGGCCGCCAUGUCCGAAAUCGGUCGGGUGGACUUGAAUAUUAU